AUGCCUUUGACAGCUGCUGUCAUCGGUGGAGUGCAGAAAUUAGUUCUAUAUGAAACAAGAGCGAGGUAUUUCCUUGUUGGGAGCAAUCAUGCCCAGACCAAACACAGGGUCCUAAAAAUCGACCGCACGGAACCACGGGAUCUGGUCAUCAUUGAUGAUAAGCAUGUGUACAGUCAGCAGGAGGUGCGGGAGCUCCUGGGGAGGCUUGAUUUGGGGAACCGCACAAAGAUCGGACAGAAGGGCUCCUCCGGCCUGUCGAGGGCGGUGUCCGCCUACGGCAUUGUGGGCUUUGUGCGCUUUCUGGAGGGUUAUUACAUCGUCCUGAUCACCAAACGCCGCAAGAUGGCCGACAUCGGCGGGCACGCCAUCUAUAAGAUCGAGGACACCAGUAUGAUCUACAUCCCCAACGACUCCGUCCGCGUGACCCAUCCAGACGAAGCCAGAUACAUGAGAAUCUUCCUGAAUGUGGAUCUGUCCAGUAACUUCUACUUUAGUUACAGCUACGACCUGAGCCACUCCCUGCAGUAUAAUCUGACCCUCUUGCGCGCCCCCUGUGACCCUGGAGAGGUCGAGGAGACCAACAGUACCAGUCGGCAGGACAGCUUUGACAUCUUUGAGGAUGAAGGCCUUCCCACACAAGGUUGAAAGAUGGUCCACGGGCUGAGGAAUGAACCAUAUGCGAAGUACGUGUGGAACAGCCGUCUUCUGGAGAAAGUGAAGGAUGUCAUUCACCCAGACUGGCUUAUGUACAUCAUCCACGGCUUCUGUGGCCAGUCCAAGCUGCUGAUUUACGGACGCCCGGUUUACGUAACUCUGAUUGCACGCCGCUCCAGUCGCUUUGCUGGGACCCGUUUCCUGAAGCGAGGGGCAAACUGUGAGGGAGACGUGGCGAAUGAGGUGGAGACGGAGCAGAUUGUUCACGACGCAUCAGUGAUGUCCUUCCAGGCCGGCAGUUAUUCGUCGUAUGUACAGGUCAGAGGGUCCGUGCCGCUCUACUGGUCUCAGGACAUCUCGACCAUGAUGCCCAAGCCACCUAUACGACUGGACCAGGCUGAUCCAUAUGCCCAUGUUGCCGCUCGCCACUUUGACCAGUUGUUCCAGAGAUUUGGAUCUCCCAUCAUCAUCCUCAACCUUGUUAAGAAACGGGAAAAGCGAAAGCAUGAGAAGAUUCUGAGUGAGGAGCUUUAUCCGGCCAUAAUCAACCUCAACCAGUUCCUACCCCCGGAACACUGCAUCGACUACAUCGCCUGGGACAUGGCUCGCUACACCAAGAGUAAACUGUGUAACGUCCUGGACCGUCUGAGUAUGAUAGCGGAGAACGUGGUGAAGAGGACCGGCUUCUUCGUCAACCGCUCUGAUUUCUACUGCCAUGAGCUGAGACCUGACGAGAGGUGGGGUGAUCUGGGAGGACAGGUGACUACAAACGGAAGGGUACAGACAGGAGUAUUGAGGACAAACUGUGUGGACUGCCUGGACCGCACUAACACAGCCCAGUUCAUGGUGGGGAAAUGCGCCUUGGCCUACCAGCUUUAUGCUCUGGGCCUGACGGAUAAGCCCAAACUCCAGUUUGACACCGACUGUGUCCGGUUGUUUGAAGAGUUGUAUGAGGAUCAUGGGGACACGCUAUCUCUGCAGUAUGGAGGUUCCCAACUGGUUCACAGAGUGAAAACCUACCGCAAAAUCGCCCCCUGGACACAGCACUCCAAAGACAUCAUGCAGACUCUGUCCCGUUACUAUAGCAACGCUUUCUCAGAUGCAGACAGACAGGAUGCGAUCAACCUGUUUCUGCAGAUGUACCAGCCGUCUGAGACCAAACCCCACCUGUGGGAACUGCCCACUGAUUUCUAUCUGCACCAGAGCAACACCAUGGGCCUGCUACUGGAAAGACGCAGUUACACGUAUUGGUGGUCUGGUGGUGUGCUGGACCAUUUGCCUUUUCCUUAUGAUGAAGUGCCUUGUGAGGAGAACAGGAAGAAGGUGGCGGUGAAAAGGGUUAACCGUUACGACGAGAGUAUUGACACGUACUCCGAGUUCUUCAAACCUUACGAACUCACCUCAUUCGACGACACGUUCUGUAUCGCCAUGACUAAUUCCGCGAGGGAAUUUAUGCCAAAGACGGUUGGAGUAGACCCAAGUCCCUUCACAGUAAGGAAACCAGAGGAGACUGGGAAAUCAGGCCUCAGUAAUAAAUCGAAUAAGGAGGAGACAGUGUUGCAGCGUAAGACCGCCGCCAGUGCCCCCCCUCCACCCAGCGAAGAGCAGAUCUCCAGCAGCUCCGAGGAUGACUCUGAGGAAGACCGGGACGAUGACGGAGCCGUCUCCCAGAGAUCCACACCAAUCAAGCUGGCUGAAUCCGGAGACAGCGUCCGCGCACAGGAGCAGCAGCAGCAGUCGGCGAGGGAGCCUUACGGUCUAAACCUGUCGGAGUCGCCCGCCGAGGCAGACCUGCUGAUCUACCACAAGUUUGUCCAUUUGGGUCAAAACCAACACCAAGUGGAGAGAAGUGACCAAUCAGCAGACCCCAAACUCCUGGAGAACUUCAUUAACCUGGUGCCUGUGUCCUGCUUUGCGGCAGACAGUAUCUACGAGGUGGCUGCUCCUCAGGUGGAUGUCGACAGUAAGGAGGUGUUUGAGGAGCACAUUCAGGCUGGACGGGGCUUCGUCCGGACUCUGUGCAGAGAAGACCUCCUCAUGUAUCGGGAGUACAUCAAAAACAGAUACAUGUGACUCUAUUGCACCUCCCCUCCACUCUGACCUCCUCAUGUACAGGGAGUACAUCAAAAACAGAUACAUGUGACUCUGUUGCACCUCCCCUCCAUUCUGACCUCCUCAUGUACAGGGAGUACAUCAAAAACAGAUACAUGUGACUCUAUUGCACCUCCCCUCCAUUCUGACCUCCUCAUGUACAGGGAGUACAUCAAAAACAGAUACAUGUGACUCUAUUGCA